AAAGAUGGAGCUGCAGAAUGUGGACAAGCACACGGGGAUCAACACCUGGGUGUGCAGGGACGCGUGUCGUUUGAUGAAGUCAAUCGUCGCCUCGAAUUGGAACAACCGUCAUAUUUGCAACACGGACUCCGAAUGCACUUACUGCGAAUCCAGAGUGAUCUGGCAUCAGCUCUGUUUCCAACUGGUCACCUACAUGGCACCAGAGAACCCGGCAUAUCCACCUGACAAAGUAGUAGACGAGACAUCGGAAGAUCACGGUCGGAAAAGUCCGGAGGCGUCUAGAAAAGGGGACUCGAAGUCAGACGUAGUGAUCAACAUGCCGUUAACGGAAAUUCAUUCGGUCGGCGGGGUACUCGCUCACAUGCCUCAGUUCUUCGAACAGAUCAUGACAGCAACAGUAGAGACAGUUUCGGAGCAGCUGGACCUGGCCGCGAUCAUGCCUGCGGAGAAGGUGAUGUCGGCCGUCGCGAGAGCCGUCACCCUUUCGGAAACUGACGUAGCCACGGCAACAGUGAGCGUAGCGAAAGCACGAUUGAUAGGGGAGGACGACGAACCGUUGAAUCUCAGUCCGGAGAACGAAGCGGAUGAUUUCUGGCACACUUCCGUUGGCAAGUUUCGAUUCACUAUCGAAGAUCUACCCGAGCAGCUUCAAUACAUACACAAGCUUUUAAAGGAGAUAAUGACAAUAAACAAGCCUGACAUAUUAUACUAUAUGCUUCAAUGCCUGAACGUGAUGUGCCUUUACGGUGACGCGUUUAACAUGGCUGUGAAGGACCACCAAGGAUUCUUCAUAUGGUGUCAAGAAAAUCUGCUAAUUAAGAAUAUGUGGGAACUGCUGAACUCUGAGCACUCUCACAUAGCCCAAGUGACGGUACCACUGUUGCUUCACUGCGUGACAUUGCCUUGUGGAACCGACACUUUCUGGCGACUCAUUCAAGAAGAAUUUCACAAUGCGGACGAUUGGCGAGUUCGCUUCGUCGCUGUGGAGAGAGUGACGCUAAUUGCCCGAUUCAUGGACUCAACUCCUCUGAGGAACGUCAUGAGCCUCCAAGCUGCACUAGCGAACGCAUUUUGUUAUCUCAUAGCUAGUAUGGACGAUAGCAACGUUUACGUUGCUCAAAGAGCUACGUUGUACCUUGGUACCAUUCACGACGUGGCAAUGAGAUCUCUAAUCCUGUGCUUGGAAACUCAAUUCGAUACGGUAAUAAUGGAUCGACCAAUGGUACUCCAAUCUUUAUACCAAUUGCACAACAGUCUCAGCGAUCGGCACAUUCUAACAUGGGAAUUCUUCCUAAAUCGUUUCGACACUCUGUUUUUAGAGGCGCAGAUUCGUUUGGAAAGAUCCGGAGAUAUAUCUUAUUUACGAGAUCUUCGAAACACGGACAUGAACAGCGAGAGCUUCAUGAAGAAACUUCACCGAGCCCAGGAAGCUCUGUCACAGUCCGACGGUAGUGGAACCAAUUCUAUAAAGACCCUGAGCGCGAGUUUUGGCACCAAGUGGCCCUAUAAGCGUACGAUGUCUGCCCCGGCGUCGAUGAUCCCGCGACAGGACACGAAACAAGAAAAGGAGAAGGUGUACAGCCGGCAAUACUCGGCGCCUAUCCUGAAGCGCAAGAGCUCCAGAUUCGGACUGGGUCAGUUGCUGGGGUCCACCCCACCUAAUAACAGUAUACCAGAUGGUCACAUUCAUUCAUUAAACAUGGUGGACGAAGCCAGUGCUUUGCCAGGAUACACGCAUAAAAUUGUCGACUUGGAGGAAGCUGACAAAGAGACCAUGCACUUGCUGGUCUUCCUUCUAAUGCAAUUUCUUUCUAGACAGGACCAGGCCUAUCCGACGGAUGAGAAACCUCUAUCGAAGACGCAAGGAAUCGUGCUGCGACAUUUGUACCUCCUGCUAGGCUACAAUCAGACUGAACGUACCUUCCACACUUCCCCGCAGCGAUUACGAGUUUCUCCGGUGUUCAACGUGUUCAUUGCGAAUUUGCCUCAACUGUUGGACCAGAACCACGUGAUGGGAUGGGUGAUGACACCUCCAGUUCUGGCGAUUCUUCAACAUUGUCCCUGUCCUCCACAGGGAAUACCACCGACUGAUCACCAAGCGCCCACUUACAGCUUAUGGUACUUAGAACCACAGAACAGACGCUCCUGGUUGAUGUCUCUUCUCGUCAUACUUUACAAAUGCCAGUACGGCCAGCAGCCAUGGUGCAAUCAGUUGCAAGUGUUGAUAAAGAUCGUGUUGAACACUUUGGACACGCAGCACCAUCAGUGUAGGAGGAUUCCGGCUACCGUAGUUAUGGCAGCUCCACCAUCCAGAUCACGUGACGUAUCGCAACCAUCUCUAGGCGUGGACCACGAGCUAAUGGGUGCCAUGGGAGACAUGAACGCGGAGAGUCCACCGGUGAGGACUCCCAUAGUAUCCGUGCACCAAAGAAGCCCAGGGCCAGGACAAAUGGAGACACACUGGGAGGAAGGCGCACCGUCCAGCCGUUACACGAAUAAACACUCCAGCUACUCGAUCAAUGCGGAUGAUACGGAGGCCGAGCUGGCCGCGAUACCCGAGAGCCCAAAAUCUGACAGCACGUUACAUGGCAGUGGUGGAUCGCUCGGCGACCUGGAGGAAACGCCGAUCGUCGUCACGAGGAGCGUGUCGCUUCAGGGAUCGAGGACUACGACUGACAUCGUGGCAAAGAUCGAUUGGAACAAUCAGGGUGUCGUGAAAAAAGUAGACAGCUCGAGUCGACCGACGUGGUUUCUUGGAAACGAGGAAGAUUCUCAUCAGGUUCCAAAACCUCAGAAGAAAUGGAGUGUGCACGAGGGCGUGAAGAUGAUGGUGACGAGCAGUUUGUUAAGCGGUCAAGCGGAUUUGCAAAGGUACAGUGGCUUAACGAAAACCGACAAAAUGGAGAAAACGGAGAAAGGGAUUUUGGAGAAGGGCAUACCGGAGAAGCCGGCGUCAGAGAAAGCUGCCAAAGAGACGAACAUCACUGUCCAAAUAGCUUUCAACGGAGACACGGCCUCCUCGAAGCCGUUUGGAUUGUCUAGUGCCCUAGCGACUACCAUUCCACGUCAAAUCCAAAGGCAGGAUUUACAAAAGGAGAAGGCGCCCACUGCAGGGUCCAGUGCCUCGGAUUCGCCGAACUCGAAGCAACUGGGUCGCCAGAAACGGAUAGAGCAAAGUGUAACCGUAGCCUCGCCCGUUUCUCCGGGUCAAGUGGUUACGGUCACUAGCAGCGAUCAAUCGAGUUCGCCGGCGGUCAGCUCGAUCUCGUCCCAGAUAACAAGCACGGAAAACGGUCAACAUCCUAGCUGGCACGAACCUCCCCAACCCCUAACGGAACCGAACAUCGAGCGCCUUUUACCGAUUGGGACCACCAUUCGUUCGAGUGCUUCGCGACCCACCCAAAGAAUCUUACGAUGCGAGGACACUUACGGUUCGCCAGAAUCGCCUUUGUCUAAAAUGGACGUUCUAACAGUCAGUUCCUCGUUUGAUCAGGAUAGCGAAACUUGCGUGUCAAGUGAUAUAACGAGUCCACGAAGCAUAUCGCAAUUGGAACUGCCGAUGCCCGAGCGACUGUUACCCGUAGGUCUCCAGAGAGACUUCACCGGCCUCGUGGAGCAUGUUCGCCAGGCGCUUGGUGUUCGAGAAAUAGAAGAUUCUAAUAAAUCUAACAAUGGAAUUGUGAAAAGUGACGGUCAAGUGCCAGUGAAACAAGACAGCACCACGUCAGAAAAUGUGUCUCUAGUCCCAACAUCGAACGAGAUAAACUCGAGUAGGUCGAGUCCGAGGAGAUUGAUCAAACAGGUAGCUCUAGAAUCUCCACCUCCAGCGAUAGACUUUCCAGAUUACCCCUCCCGAAUUUUCGAUCCUGAUCGCCGACCUAGAAUACGGGAUCACGUUCGUAUUCAACGCGACAAGCCUCGGAGGGACGGUGGCAUCGGUCAAGAUGGUCCACUUGCUCGACGUACUGAAUCUUGGUCUGGUCCUCAGAUGCAACGCAAUCUCGACAUCGCCACGCAGCAGGCUUACCAUGCUGACUUUAGUUUGAAACAGAGCCUAUUCCGAAUCGGCGACGAUUGCAUUUACGAAAGAUGUUCAGAAUGUGGGACGAUAAAAGAAGAGUACUCUGACGAAGAACUCGGACUAUGUAUCAUAAAUUUGGGCACAUUCAUCCAUCGCGAGCCGUCCUUGGCUGCGCCGCUAUUGCCAGAAAUCCUACGCGUCGUUACAAAGGUAGCAUUGAACGCGAUGUAUCCUUGGCAAAGUGAGACCAACAUGCACCUGCCCGGUGGCGCGAUCAGUGUCGCGCAUCAAUUUCUUCGUUGCGUUCUUCAUCAACUGGCACCUAACGGUGUCUUCUUGCAGAUGUUCCAAACGCAUCUUAAUGAAUCGACAAGAAUGCAAUUUUUCAAAAGCGUCACACAGGCGUUGGUUGAUUUCAACGAAUUAAAUCCAAUAGCACCUUUGCAAUUACUGCUUGAGGCAUUGAACGGGAAAAAAUCUCUGCCGAUGGAACGUCUUCCAGUAAUACUGUUCAACGUAGCUUGCUAUCUGAGUUGCCUGCCGCUGGAGGCUGGGUUGGGACCAGGCGCGACGACCUGGAGCGGCCUGCUGGCGCAAUUCGACUACUUCUUCCGCAGGCUGAUCUUUGUACUCUCGUCCAUCGAGGACACCGAUCCGUUAUUGAGAAUCAUGAUUUCCUUAUUGAAAGUCCCAGGCAUCCAGCAAUCGAAGAGCUUGUUGGACCCGUUCGCCAAAGUAUUGAGCUACGCCAUCCAGAACUCGUCGAUUAAAUACAGUUACCUGACAGAUCUAUGCUACCUGUGUCACAGAGGGUUCAUUCGGGACAGGGACAAACACUUCUUCGGUAGGACGAUCGUGUUCGAGCUGAUACAAGCGAUCAAAUUCAAGACCACGAUACCGGACUCGAAUUUCCUGCUGCUCUUGCAUUUCGUGCUUCAGGAUAUUGGAGGUUCGUUACCCAACACGAUCGCCUUGGAGAAUAUGCAAACGGAUAUAUCGCAGAUUUAUAACACAAACGCCUCUGAAUCUUUGAAAAAUCAACUGUCGGACGUGCUGGACUUCUUGACUGACUUUCAUACACUGAGCAAAGUGAAGAGUUAUAGUAAAGGGAUGCAGGCAGGACUGAACGAGGACACUUUGGGCGGGAUACUUAAGUGCGGUCUGGCGCAAUACGUCGCUUUAGAAAUCACCAGAGGCAACAACAGAGAAAACAGAGCGGUGGCUCGAUAUCUUCCAUGGCUGUACAGUGCUCCCUCGAUGAUACAGCCAGGGUAUAUGGCCCGGGAGUACGUGGACUGUAUCGGACAUAUCAGACUUCUAUCAUGGCUCUUGUUAGGAUCUCUCACGCAUACGGCGAUGUACGCUGGCAGCAAUAAUACGCACACCCAUGGACAGUCGGUCCCAUUCGCGCAGCCAAUACCACAGGAAGUAUCUUGCCACGUCGCGGAUCAUGUGCAAGUUAUAUUUUCCGGAUUCCCCGAGCAAUCCAAAGCUUCGGUCUUGCAUAUGUCCUCGUUGUUUCACGCUUUCAUACUUUGCCAGCUGUGGACGAUGUACUUGGAAGAGUUGUCGAAGAACAAUCCGUCGAACAGCGAGAGCCACAAUAUUACCAUGAAUAUUCUUCUGGAUUUCUGGGGCACUGUAACGCCCUGUAUAUUGCAGCUAGUCGAAUUCUCAAAAGUUUUGGCUGAAAUGGUGAACUUGCAUUUUCUGAGCUUGCUCGAAGCGCUUCUCGAAUGCGGCUCAAUUGUGCUGAGCAAACUGCUACCACUUUGGAGUCCCAUUUUAUACUCGCAUCAUAUUCAGCUACCGGGUAAUUUGCAAAUGCGACUGCAGAAUUGUCGGGACUUUCCGCCGAACAAGAUGUCCGAGAAUUUCGUUUCGUCCCGCCGGGAGUCAAACGCGACGCUCUUGCGGUGGCUGCAUCGGUUGCAGUUCAAAAUGGGCCAAAUAGAAAUGCAGUCAUCCACGGCCACGCAGUUUUAUUCAAUUUAAAUUGGAAGAAUUGCCCAAUUGACAAGAAAGAAUUUUGUAAACAAUUUUUGCAGAGGCGUUGAACGCCAUUUUAGUCAAAUAUUAUGUUAACACAAAGGAAAAGUAAUUUGUUAAUUAUUAUAAAAUAUAUUUAUGCUACUAAAA